GAUUAUUUAUAACGGAACCAAAACAAACCACGAUCGGACGCGAAGCUAGCAAUGUCGAUUGACCUGAAUCAGUGUUAUCAAAAAUUUGAAACUCAGUUGAUGACCAUUAUGAAACGCUAUCUAAGGUCAACAUUUUUACACGUAAUUCAGUCGGUGAACUAUCUCUUUAUCUAUGUAGGACUACCAUCUACGUCGCGGAAAAUGGGCGAAAAUCGAACAGCGGAGGAUGUGAAAUCAAAGGCUUUCAGAUGGUGUAAGAAGUCAAUCGGAGGCGCAUGGACUCGAAUAUCCAAGGAAGAUUUAGAAAUAAAACCUAUAAGUGGCGGGCUCACAAACAAGCUGUAUCUCUGCUCCCUUCCAGAUGGGACAGAGCGAGAGGAGAGCGAGCCAUCUCGGGUGCUAAUGAGAGUGUACGGUGAGAUUGCACAACGCAGUGAUUACAUGCUCAGGAACUCGGUCAUUUUUGCCUUGUUUUCGGAAAAAAAGAAAGGGCCCAAGCUAUAUGGAAUGUACCCAGAAGGCAGAAUUGAAGAAUUCAUUCCUUCAAGAUCGCUGAACCGUAAAGAGCUUCAUGAUGAAAAGAUUUCUCAAACAAUUGCUCAAAAGCUUGCUUAUUUUCAUACACUUGAGAUGCCAUUACCUAAGCAGCCAAAUUUUCUACGGAAGCAGAUGAACGAAUGGAUGGAUGAAGUUGAAAGAAUCCUACAAAAAUCCUCAUCAGUAGAAUUUGGACCUUUUAUCAGAAAGCUGCAAACCUAUCAGCUGAGAAAAGAAUUAUCAGAAUUAUUAUCCAUUAUGGAAAAGUGUUCAUCUCCUGUGUUAUUUUCUCACAAUGAUCUACAAGAAGGUAACAUAUUGUUAAAAGAGGAGAAGUCAGACGACCUGUGUGAGAGACUGACCAUUAUUGAUUGGGAAUAUUGCAGUUACAACUACAGAGGUUUUGAUUUGGGGAAUCAUUUUUGUGAAUGGUCUUGUGAUUAUUCAUGUGAAGCAUAUCCAUUUUACUCCUAUCAUCCAGAAGACUAUCCAUCCAAACAGACACAGAAAGCAUUUUUUCAGCAUUAUUUGGAAGAGCAAAAUAAAUACCUUCCAAACCCGGUGAAAGUUAACGAUGAAUUGUUACAGCAUCUCUACAAGGAAGCCAAUACUUUUGCCAUGACAUCACACUUUUUCUGGGGACUAUGGUCCGUCGUUCAAACAGAAAUUUCAGACAUCGAGUUUGGCUAUCUAGAGUAUGCUAUCACAAGGUUCGAUGGCUAUUUUGCAAAGAAAGAGUCCAAUAAAAGGGAGGAACUCAUCUAAGAAAUCCCUCGCACCAAAGUCAGGGUAAAUUCCAUUGCCAUAUUUGUGGGAGCUUUAAAAGUCUUUCUUAUACAAUUUUUUUUUCUUUUAAAUUUAUGCAUACUUUUUUUUUUAAUAUACGGUAUUUGAUUUUCUUUUUACACUUGAAGAUAGUAAUUUUAACUUUGUGAAUCACUGAAUUAUAUAUAUUUACAUGUGUCCAUAAAUAUACAUACAUUAUUUUUUUAAAAAUAAAUUUGUUGAAUGGUA